AUGACCAACCGUGACCCCGAGUUUCGGCAUCAGCUGGGCAAAUUCCGACUCGAUCCCCUUCCGAUUCCUUCUCAUCCUGCAUCGCUUCCUCCUCCUCCUCCUCCGCCGCCACCACCGUCACUCCCUCAGUCUCAUCAGCAGCAGUCUCAACCAACCCCGGCCUCAUCGCGAUCCUCCCCAUCACAGAUUCCUCAUCCUCGCAGUAAACGAGUAUCCACAGCGUGCGACUUUUGUCGAAAACGGAAGAAGAAAUGUGACUUCCGCUACCCGAACUGCUCCGCGUGUACUCGCGCCGGUGUCCGCUGUACCAUCCCUCCGCCGGGUCCCCAGGUCGCUGCGGCGUCUGUUCCUCGAGAUCAGUUGGAGAAUCUACAAAACCGGGUACGAUGGCUGGAGGAGCUCUUGCGCCGCAAAACAGGCAUCUCCGUCGCCGACCGGCCUACGGGGACUGCGCUGGAUGGCGAGGGCGACCCGGACUGGUGGUACCAGGUACCAGCCUUGAUGAUGACUCGCGGGAGUUCAACACAUUCAACACCCACAACAACGGCAACAGCGCUGUCCAGCAGCCCUGCUCCUAGUUCCACUGCGGUAGGCACCGAGUUGCCUAACGUAGGUGAGUUGUUUCGCGACCAGUUGGAGCAUCGACGACCCUCCAUCGCGCGUCCGGUAGCAUCCGCUCCUCGCGUGAUGCGACUCGCCUCACUUCCAGAGGCGAAAUCAGUGGCAUUGCGAUACUUUGAUAGUCUAGGGUACCAAUAUCCUUUUCUCCAUCGGGAGGAGUUUAUGGCUCAUCUUGAUCGCAUCUAUGCGGGGGAGGUCCCCGCACCGGAGGUUCAUCACUCGUAUCACAUCACCAUCGCUACGGCCUUGUUGAUCGGAUCUGCCGACGAGACACAGGCUGCCGAGUUCUACAAUGUUAGCAAUGAGACCAUGGCGUUGGCGUUACAAAACGAAGAUUUGGCAGCUGUUCGAGCCCUUUUAAGCGUCGCAGUGUAUACAAUGUUUGCGACCACGGGCCCCAGUGUGUGGCACAUCCUCGGGACUACUUUGCGUCUCGCCACCAGUCUUGGGCUGCAUAAAGCCCGUCCAACGGGGAAUGUGAUAGAAGAAGAGAUGGCCAAGCGGGCGUUCUGGAGUCUUUACAAUCUUGAUCGACUAAUCGCCAGCACCCUUGGAAGGCCACUUGGAAUUGCAGACGAGGACAUUUCCAUCGGCUUGCCGCGGGAAUUUAAUGACAACUGGACAGAAACCCCGGGGGCUAGUGCUAUGACUAUUCCUUUGCAGGUGGUGCGCCUGCGCCGGAUUUUUUCGCGCAUCUACCGCUACUUAUUCAACAACCAACCGCCACCGCCUCCAACAGAGGUUGCAAUCACGCUCAGUCAUUUUCGCCAGGAACUAGACGACUGGCGACAGGAAGCACCGGUGUAUGCACCCGCGCUUUUAUACUCAACAAGUUACUACGACUAUCUUUAUGCGACAACCCUGCUCCUAAUGUACCGACCUAGUCCGCGUAAUCCGACACCCGAUGCCACGAGCAUUGUGAGCUGCGGAAACGCCAGCAUCCAGGUCAUUCGGUCCUAUUGGGACAGCUAUUCGCAGGGGAAGCUGAAGUGGAUUUGGUUGACCCUCAGUCAAGUUUACUUCGCCGGCAUCACAAUCCUGUGGUGUCUAAACCACAAUCUCCAGUCCGUCCGCGAAGGCCGCGGUGCUGCGUGGAAGCCCGAGGAUCAGAGCAUGCGACGGGCCAUCCAGGCAGUAGUUGUCCUGCUGGAGGAAUUUGGCAAGCGACGUCCGGGUGUGGACCGACUGGCGGAGACGUUCCGCAACCAGAGCACGAUGAUCUUCAGCCAUCUGGCGUAUCAGCAGGAACAGCAGCAGGAGCAGGAGCAGCAGCUUCAACAACAACAGCAGCCACAACCACCACCGCCUCCACCGCAACCACAGCCACCAAUGCCACGACAUCAACCGUUCCUUGAACAGCAGCCGCAGCAACAACCACAGCAGCAGCAGCCACAGCAUAUUUUGGUAGCACCACCGGUACCCCUAGCGCCGGUGCUGGAUGACGUUCUCCUGUCAUUGUCAAUCCCCCCAACUAUUACCGUGGCCACUCCCCUCAUGGCUUCUGAAACACCCAAAGCUCAAGCCUUCCAUGGCACCUUCAUUCACACACUCAGCUCUAAGCAACUAGAGAUCCUUACUGAGACUUUCAUCCUCCUCUCACCCACUGGCACCAUCCAAGCCAUCCACCCAUCCACCCCCACAACUUCCAUUUCAGAUCUCCUUGCAGAAUACCACUACUCUGAAUCUACUUGCACAGUGACCAUCUUGCAGCCUACCGAGUUCUUCAUCCCCGGCUUCAUCGACACGCACACUCAUGCGCCCCAAUGGGCCCAGCGCGGCACAGGGCGGGGCAUCGAUCUACUUACCUGGCUGGAGACCCUUACCUUCCGCCACGAAGCCAAACUCGCCGAUUUGGAGUACGCCAAGUCGCUUUAUGCGUCCUGCGUCCGCGGCGGACUCAAACAAGGAAUGACGACCGCCUGCUACUACGGUUCCCGUCAUGCACCGGCAUCGGUCAUCCUCGCUGAGACCUGCCUCACCCUGGGUCAACGCGCGCUGAUCGGGAAGUGCAAUAUGACUCGUCACGCCCCGGACUGGUACCGGGAUGCGUCGGUGGAAGAAUCCCUCCGCGAAACGGAAGACUUUAUUGCUCAAGUUCGGAAACUUGAUCCCACACAUGGACUAGUGACACCGGUGAUUACACCGCGGUUCGCAAUAUGCUGUGAGGAAGAACUAUUGGCUGGGCUUGGGGCUGUCGCAACUCGGAAUUGCGACUUGCCUAUUCAGACACAUUUCAACGAGUCGCGGAGUGAGGUGGACUUUACGAGGUCCCUGUUCCCCAAUGAUAAGAGUGAAACGGAGCUCUAUGAGCGGCUUGGGCUCCUGAAUGACCGGAGCAUACUUGCUCACUCGAUCUAUCUCUCCGAUGCAGAGAUCGAACGUAUGGCGGAGCUGCAGUGUGGGAUCGCUCACUGCCCUAUUCCCAAUGUUACGAUGGAUGAGUUCAUGGUUGCCCCCGUGCGAGAGUAUCUUCGUCGGGAUAUUAAAGUCGGGUUAGGUACGGACUGUGGAGGAGGCUAUUCAAGCUCCAUGCUCGACGUGAUGAAGGCUGCCUUUGUGGUGUCGACGGCACGGUGUACAAUGACGCAAGGACAGGACCAGCCUCUGAGUCUCACGGAGGGGUUCUACAUGGCUACUCUGGGCGGAGCGCGGGUAUGUGGACUGCAAGAGAAGGUGGGGAACUUCCUGGUAGGCAAGGAGUUUGAUGCGCUGCUUGUUCGGACGCAGGAGGAGGGCGUAAUGGCGCCAGUGCAGGAGGAAGACGGAGUGCCGACGGUGUUUGAGAAGUUCUUGAUGACGGGAGAUGACCGCAAUAUUGGACGUGUGUUUGUCAAGGGACGGGAGGUGCAUACUGCGCGUUGA